AUGGCAGUUGUUCACACUGCCUUGGGAGUGAGAGCGAAUUACGAGCGUGUGGAACAGUUGAUCGGCAAGGAGUACAUAAAUUUUGAUUUACGCAUUCGCAAAUUCAAUCGCACUGCGGUGACUCUCAAUGGGACAAUUUACGUGAAUCAACCAAUAGAUCAGUCGUUCGUGUGCUCAAGCAACGUGUUUCUUAGCCGUCUGGGGAAUCAACAGUUUGCUCAUUCUCCGUUACACUUGCCAACGGCUAACAUGUGUGAGUUUAUGGACCAUAUCCAUGAGGAGUAUUCGACCGUCGUUGCAGAUAUUGUGAACUUUCCACAAAAAUCCGAAUGUCCAAUAACUGAACGUACCAUGUUCGUUAAAGAUAAGUUAUUUCCAACGGAAGUGUUGCCCACGCCGCUGUCAGUCGGGCUGUGGAAGAUAGAAUUCACUACUAAACUGGACGACGUUGACGUUAUACAGCUAAUGGCUAGCAUCCGCUUAAGUGAUGAUUACUCGGGAUUUUAA